AUGGUAACAAGAUGGCUGACCCUCUGUAAAGUUGUUCGCAGAGUUUUGCAAGUCUUUUUCUCCUUCAAUUUAGCAUUAUUCUCGAAAAUGGCACGACAGAGGAAAGGAAAACACGGCUUUGAUUCUUCAAGAGAUCAUGUAGAUAGGACUAAAUUUCCUCGGCGCCGGGUGAAGGAAUCUUCUUUCAAACCAAUUCUAGUGCUGGCAGCUGUUUUUGGUCUUCCAUUGUUUUUGUUUGGAGCGUAUAAACUUUGGAAUUACAAAUUGUCCACACGUCUUUUCACGCCACUCGAUGCGCCGUUAGUUAUAAACAAGAGUGAAAUGGAAAUGAGUCGCUUCUGGGGAACAUAUCGAUCUAACCUCUACUUUGGGCUGCGGUAAGAAAAUUAUAGAUUUGAAAAAAAAACUGACACUAUUUUUUUCUUAAAUUAUGAUGACUCACUUGAGCUUGAUUAUCUGUUAGUUUCAGGUACAAAGCUUAAUUUAUUUCCUUUUAAAUUUUAAGACUAAAGUCGUUACACAUGACUUCUGAGGAUUUUUCUCCUGAACCCUUGAACUCUGAAGAAUGAUGAGCAUCAAGUUUCUCCUUACAGAAUCAUGGCUGAAUCAAACAAUAAGGUAAUGGGAAUAAAGGGAAUGAUCACCAUCUAGAGAAUCCUGGACUGUGAAACAAAUUCUCCUGGCCAAUUCCAUGUGAAAUGUCAAGAGAACAGUGUGUUGAUUAUGCACACUAAUUUUAGGGUGAAGAGGAGUAAUGGAGACUGUUGUAGAGGGUUCUGUGAGGACAGGUGAGCUUACCCUAGUUGGGGGGAGUUCUAUUCACCAGAUCCAUAUUGUUUGGCCCUUUAUACCCUAACAUCAAAAUGCACAUUCUCCAUACUGUUCUCUAUACAUUUCCUAAGGUGCUGAAAAGGAGAAUUUGAUGAUCAGUUAUGAGCCUCUUUAAUUGGAGAUCAUUUCCUUUAUUCUCAUGACCUUUAUCUGUAAUUUAGAGAUGAUAUUGUAAGGAGAAAUAAGAUGCUAGUCACUCCACGGAUUUAAAGGAUUAAAGGGUGAAUUGUCAUGCAAGUGUUCAUUUAUAACAAAGAUGUGAUGAUAAUUAUCUCUAGCCCAAAAAAAUGUAAGGCUGGAUAGGAAUUUAUCCUUCAGUCAGUCUUCACUAUAUUUCAAACAGCUUAGGGAAGGUGCUGUGUCUUUGGUUACCCUACAUAUUUAAGAAGUUUUAACUUGAUGAGAAAAAAAUCAAGUAUUUUCUUGAUCUCAUUUCCAAGAAAAUGAAUCAAUGUAAGGUGUUGGAAGUUACUAUCCAUUGAGGAAUUGAUAAUUUAGGGUAACAAAACCAUUUUCAACCACCUCAAAGAAAUACAUUGAUAGAGUUAGGAAUUGGGCCUAACCGUAGCAAAAAUCAUUUUUACAUUUACUGCAAUAAUGUGAGUUCAUCUUAAACUGGUCUUUUGGAGAAUGAUUUUGAGACCAUUAUUACUGGAUCAAACUAGACCACCAGAUCUUCUUCUUUGUGUGGGAAUAUCAAAUAUAGGAUUACCUCUUUCAUCUCCAUAACCCUACAUAGAAUGUAUAAUUAUGGCAGAAAAUGAAGACGCAUGCUAUUUUUUUUUUAUUUAGCUGGCCACCUUCCAGAAGAUUUUGUGUGGAUUGAACUUGCUCAAUUACAAAUCUUUUUCUAUUGUUCACAGAACAAGGAGUCCUAAGUCCCUCAUGACAGGUUUAAUGUGGUUCCCUCAGCUUUCACCUGAUGGUCAAGUAACCAUUCGUCACACUUGUGAACAGUCUGACGGGCUUCCCAAGUAUGGUUGGCUUAAACACGAUGGCACCAACUUUGGCUCUCAGCAAAUAGUUGACAAAGAUUUUGAGUUGAAUACAGACUUUGUGAAAAGGUUGGGUGGAGAUCAUGGUGGAGACUGGACUGCAAGAAUUUCGGGAAAGAGAACGGUUGGUGUUUUUUUGCCCCAUUUAGUCAUACCCUGAUUCUCAGGGUCACUUAAUGACACAACAAGCAUGAGCCAAUAAUCAGCAUUUUUGAAAUGUGUCCAAAAUCAAACUUUAAAGGGAUGCACUGAUUUUUCCUUUCUGACCUUUGCUUAAUUGCUGACAAGAGAGAUAGUUUUUCAACCUUAAGUUACAUUUCACCAGUCUCAUUCACAGACUUGAUUUUUUGUUUAAGAUUUUAUCUUAGAUUUAACUGUCAGAUUGAGGUGAAAUUGAAAAUGUAAACAGUUUAAAUGCAGUAUUUCAUCGUAGAUACUUAAUCGAAAUUUCAAAUGACUCUAAAUCGUUUAACACUUUGAAAUAUGUUUAUUUAUUUGUUAUUUUUGCGUCCGAUUCGUUUUUUAGGGAAACCCCAGGCAGAUGGUUUCGUUACUUUUCUAUGUCACUUACGAAGGAGAAGCCCAACUGCAGCCAGUUGUCCACAAGAACACACUUACAGCGCUGCGCGGUUACACGCCUGAACUCGGUUCUUUUAAGCUAUAUUUUCCACGCCCCUCUAAAGUCUUGUUGUCGUCGUUCUUAAUUACACACACGCCGCACGUGCAUUCGGUCAAGGAAAUAGUGAUGCAGAACAUGCGUGGGGAAAAAAUAAAAGAUGGCAAGAAUAUGCAGCUGCUUGCCUUAGCAGGUCACGUGGCUAAACGUGACCAGAAUGGGCGUGAGUUACCAGUGAACCUAUUUGUCCAGCAAUGGAUUCUCGAACUUCCUUUCGACGUGGAGUUUGUGUUCGAGUCUGAAAGUUCCUCAACCAGGGAGAAAAGCCUGAUAGGGGCUGCUUUCACGAAUCUUAGAGAUAAAUACAGCGCCGAAUUUGACAAAAAAUUUGAAGAAAAGUUUUCGUUGAAGGCUAAAGGGUUUAAUGACGAUGAGGUUAAAUUUGCGCAGGCUGGGCUAAGUAACAUGAUUGGAGGCAUUGGUUAUUUCUAUGGAAGCUCAAAAGUGAUUUCUCGGUUCUUUAAGGAACCGAAAGAUUACUGGGAAAGCGCUUUGUACACCGCAGUUCCGUCGCGUCCUUUCUUUCCACGAGGUUUCCUCUGGGAUGAAGGCUUCCACCAACUACUAAUCAGUCAGUGGGACUCGGAUAUAAGCAAAGAUAUCAUCGGCCAUUGGCUGGAUUUGAUCAACAUUGAAGGUUGGAUUCCUAGGGAGCAGAUUCUCGGCGACGAAGCCCGAACGAAAGUACCUUCAGAUUUCGUCGUACAGCACAACGAAAACGCAAACCCACCCACUUUGAUCCUGCCUAUCAAAUCGAUGGUGGAUAAGGGCGUGUUGGAUGAAGAAUACUUGCGGAAGAUUUUUCCUCGCCUGAAGGCGUGGUUUAAUUGGUUCAACACUACACAGUUAGGAAAUCAACCAUCUACAUACAGAUGGCACGGGAGGGAUGCUAAGACAGACAGAGAGUUGAAUCCUAAGACGCUUACCUCCGGGUUGGAUGAUUAUCCCCGUGCGUCGCACCCGUCAGACGAUGAAAGGCACGUUGAUCUACGUUGCUGGAUGGCAUUUGCUGCUGGACUGAUGGCUGACAUCGCUGAGGCUGUGGGUGAGAAGUCAGAUACCGGCUUGUACAAAUCAACGAGCCAGUAUCUGUCGGACAACAGGCUGUUGGACGAGUAUCAUUGGUCUUCAAAGGCGGAGACGUAUAGCGAUUUUGGCAAUCAUACCAAGUUUGUGAAGCUUGUUCAGCGUGUUAUGUAUCCGAAUCAACCCGGUUCGCCCAAAAAGACUGUUCGCAUCGUUACAUCAAAGCAGGGUCCUUCUCUUAGGUACGUGAACGCAGUUGGUUACGUCAGCUUGUUUCCAUUUCUGCUUCAGAUCCUAGAUCCCACUUCACCCAAACUUGAAAAAGUUCUCACUCAGUUAAGAGACCCAGAGAAGCUGUGGGGUAAGUCCGGUAUACGGUCCUUGUCCAAGAGCGACCCCGUCUACAAGAAGCACAACACUGAACACGAUGCUCCUUACUGGAGAGGAGCCAUAUGGAUCAACAUCAACUUCCUGGCCGUGAGGGCCUUGAACCACUACGCUAGCAUCCCGGGGCCUUACCAGGGCACAGCUAAAGCGAUUUACACAGAUUUACGACAAAAUCUAAUCAAAAAUAUGUUCAGGGAGUACGAGAGGUCAGGGUUCAUAUGGGAACAGUACGACGACGGGACAGGUCAUGGGAAGGGGUCUCAUCCUUUCACAGGGUGGUCCUCUCUCGUGGUGCUCAUGAUGUCAGAACAUUUUUAAAAAUUUAGCACGGGUUUUUAAAAUUUAUUAGAACAAAAUAAUGUUGACUAUUGAUUGUGACUCAAAAGAACACUCUAAAAGAGAUUUUAUCGUAGUUCGUUCAAGGGCGCCUUUGAUUGGGUGUCGUAAACCCUAAACUUAAGUAAUCUCAAGUUAAGUCGAAGAAAAGGAACAAUAUGUGCAUCUACCGUAAACGCUCUAAUAAACUUUCUCUCUUGUUGUCCCUCUUUCAUAAUAAGACUCCUCCUCCCUAAUAAUGUCUCUCCUUAAUAAGUCCCUCUCCUACAGGCCUCUCCCCUCCCCAAUUGGCCCCUAUUUUCCUUGUCUUCCCCCCUCCCCAAUAAAGUACUCAAAACAAGUGGUGUAACAAUCAUUCGUUCGGGAAAGAUAGUUUUACAGAUUAAAAUAUACUCGUAUUUGAAAGUCUAAAUUAGUUUCCUAACUCUGGGCGACAAUUCAGAAGUAUGAAAACGGCUCACAUGUUGUUCCUCAGUGAGACAGAACUGUGGUGACAGUAAUAGCUACAAAGUAGACGAAUAUUUACACAAUUCCAACCAUGCCGUUUCUCUUUACUCGUGCUUAGUAAGUAAUAUGAAAAAUUCAAUCUUUCAUCAUCGCUGGAUCCCUUCCAAAAGGAAUGAACUGAUUUUCACCGUUUAAAUUUGGAAGAGUAAAAAUCUGUGAAUUUCGUGAACUGCUUCUCGCUUUUUUAAGCUUGGAAGAGUAAAAAUGGGUAAAUUUCGUGAACCCC